ACAUUGGCAAUUGAUUACACAUUUUAUAGAAUGUAACACUAUGAUACCAAUCAGGUGUUUCUACAGGGUACCAUAUAUCAAUGUUCCAAGGAUUGGCCAUUGUUCUGCUGAUGCUCAACAUAGAUAUGUGUCCCAUGUUAAACAGUUCAGGAUCAAGGGAUACCCCUUCGAGAAGGUGAGAGCGCCUAAAACGGAGUGGUACAAGAAGGCAGAAGCCAUUUUUUUGGCGGAGCGAGCUCGGGUACCGCAGGGGCUAGUUGGCAGAUGGCAACCUGAGGACCUAUCGGAGUUAGAUCCCAGAAUAACGCAGGCGUUAAGCUUGAAGUGCGCCAGCGGGCGGGAAAUACGCCGGGCGCGUACGCUGCUACUCAUGAAACAUUUGCAGAAGGAGCCUUUUGACACGGGAAGUGCACCAGUUCAACUUGCGUGCGUAUCGGAGAAGAUACUUAACCUAAGAGCGCAUCUGAUAAGGCACCCUAGGGACAAUUGCAGGAAGCGCGCAAUGGCAAUUUUGCUCAGUAGGAGACACAAACUUAUGAAACGACUGUACAACGAGGACUUUGAGCUAUACCAGUAUGUUUGCAAAGUGCUGAAAAUAAAAUGCGUGCUAUUCUCCGUUCCGGACUCAAGAAACCGGGCGAAGGCGGUGAAUACCAUCGGGGUAGAUGGAGAUAUAUGUAAAUUCCUAAUAAGACAGAAGCUAUGGUGGGGGAGGUUUAGACCACGACCUAUAGCCCUGCCCUCGGGCAAGAAAGUGGCCUAUACGAGGCAUCCGAUAGAACCGCCACCGCACGACUUCAACAGACCCAAGGUACAUAAAGACCAAUUAACACCGGCAUGGCCUUACGGGCUAACGCCUCAGAGAAUCGCAGGGAGAUAUGUUAUUUACAAUCCUACAGCUCCAGGUGCGGGUUACUGCCCUGUACCAAUCCUUUUCUAACAAACCGUUGCAUCCAGUGCAGCGGGGGUACACAUACAUCUGGAAUAAUCCCCAACACAACAAAU